AGAGGAGGGGAGGUGAGUAACAGAUAAACAGUGGAGGAUGGACGGCUGGCUGAGCGAGGUCCAGGAGCGGCCGGCUCUGUACGUGUUCUGCAGUUCGAUGGCCUUCAGGCUGAUCCACAGACUGCUGCAGACCCUGCCCAGACCCAAAACAGUGGACGCUGAUCCCAGGAAGAGCUGGAAGUGGAAGAACCUAUCAGUGUCCCUCGUCCACUCCCUGCUGACCGGCGUCUGGGCCAUCUUCUGUGUACAUCAGUAUCCAAUGAUGGUGCAUGAGAUCCGCUUGUCCUUCACCCCACUUUCAUAUCUGCUCGUGAUCGUUUCAACAGGGUACUUCAUUCAGGAUGCUGGGGACAUCAUCUUUAGUGGCUAUGCCAGAGAAUCGUGGGAGUUUCUGCUUCAUCAUGCUGUGGUGAUCGGGACUUUUGUGUAUGCUGUGAUUACGAGUCACUAUGUGGCAGGGGCUGUGGUUGCCCUCUUCGUUGAAGUCAACAGCGUAUUUCUGCAUUCACGGCUGUUGCUUAAAUUAGCUGGAGUGACCAAAGACUCGCACUUCUACUCCAUAAAUAAGGUGCUCAAUGUUGCUACAUAUGUCAGCUUCCGCCUUGGAGCUCAGUUCUACCUCACCUGGUAUAUCAUCUAUAACUACUCUUCGCUUGACCAUGCCCUGCUUUUCCUCAUCUCUCUGAUGCUCAUGAACAUCAUGAUCCUCAUAUAUUUCUACCGUCUUCUUCGAGCCGACUUCUUCACAAAAUACACUCACCAGAAUGGUGUCCACAAGUUCGCCAAAGACUAGCAACCCAUAAAACAGCGACUGUAAUACUCGGCAGAUACACAAGCUACACGGAUUAACUUCAUAAUGGACUUUCGUUCAUAAAGGUGACUCCUCGCCGGCUGUGGACAAACCACAACACAAGACCUGCGAAUAAAAUGGUGCUGACUUUUUAUUAAUGAACAUAGUAAGGAACUGGAUUCAAUGCAGAAAUUAGGCAUUUUAAAUGGAAAAGGCUCCAUUUAAAACUACCAUGUGAUGGUAAAUGAUUUAAAUUGUUUACUGUGUGUGUACAGUGCAUAUAUUAAGAGGGCGAGUACACAUGGAAUUGUGCACCAACUGAAUCCAGUGAUCUUUAUGCAAAUGUCCAAGUGUGUGAAAAAUGUCUGGUUACAUUGAGUUUUUUUCCCCCCCUCCUUCUGUAAAGUUAUCAUUUUUGAAAUACAAGGUUUUGUUCCACCAGCAACAAAACCUUCUAAAGCGAGGUUGGGAAAUCACACAUAAUUCUCCAAGGCUAAAGACUAAAGCACUUCCACUUCAUUGGCAGCACAGUGUAGGUCUGUGCUGCCCUCUAUUGAAAUAAUCAGCAUAACAUUUAAAUAAAAUCAAUUUGCAGGUAAGAUAUCAAAAUUGAACACUGAAAAGUAAUUCCAUGUAAUGAAAACUCAUUUUAGGGGGUUUGUGUUAAAAGGGUGAGGCAUCAAGACUACUUAUAUUGUUGCUUUAAAAAAAUGUUUUGUAUGUACACCAAUUCUCAUGUGAUGACCACCUCCCGCUUUUAAUAAAACGAAAAAGGCAGGGAGUGUUAACGGCAGUGCAUACAGGUUUGCUACAAGGUUUUUCACCAUCUUCAAGACUAACCGUCAAAGUAUCAUUUCAACAUAGCAUGAGAUACAUUUGAGCUUGUACCCUACUUAAUUUCAAACGUAUGUUUUGAACGUCCCACACUUGUAUGCUUUUGGGACUGCAAGUCCUGCUUGAUAAGUUCUGCGGUCCUCUAAACUCAUCAGCGGUUAGUUUCUGA